AUGGCUUCGGUGUGGAAGAGAGACAACGUAUCUUUAAUUUGUACCAAUUCACUCUAUGAUCUUCAAUUUAAGUGCUCCCAAUUUUCUAGCAAGAAUGGUGACUUAAAUCCUGAUACUUCAGACUUCAAAGGCUUCUGCAGUCAAGCUUCAAAACCAAAAUCGGAUCGUGAUAACUUACUAGAAAAGAUUUUGGAGAAACUUCAGCUGAUAUCAAUUGUGGACGUUUCAAAACUAAUAAGUACGCCUUCAGGAGUACUUUUCGAUGCUGCAAUGUCAGGAAACGUUGAGUUUUUAGCAAAGUUUCUUCGCACGUUUCCUGGACUAAUAUGGGCAAGAAAUGAGAGAAAGCGAAGCGUAUUUCAUAUAGCUAUAAUAUAUCGGCAGGAGAAUGUAUUUAACCUAAUAUAUAACAUAGGAGCUGUUAAGGAUUACUUGGUAGGAAGUAAGGACUCCAAUGGUAAUAACAUGCGGCGCUUAGCUGGGAUGUUGCCAAAUCAUGAUCAGGAAAGACUUGGCGCGCCGAGAGCAAACCUUCAGAUGCAACGAGAACUAUUGUGGUUUAAGGUAGUGGGAAAGAUUGCCAGACCUUAUCAGAAGUUUGCUAAAAAUAAAGCUGGAAAGACACCCAGAGAAGUUUUCAUUGCCACCCACAAAGAGUUACUGAAAGGAGGGGAAAGAGCAAUUAAGGGGACAGCCAGUUCUUGUAUGCUUGUAGCAACUCUCAUUGCUGCUGUUGUUUUUAAUGCAGCCCUCACAGUACCUGGUGCCAGCAAUAAUGAGAUACCACUCAAAAUGGAGUUUGAAAAGUCGUUGCAUGUGAGGUUGAUGUUCGGGCUAACCUCUGUCUCCAUAACAGCCAUGCUCCUGGUCUUCAUCGCUGCCAUGUUUUUGAUCUUUGACUUCAAAUUGGAAUGGCUUCCUUAUCUUGUUGUUUCUCUUGCCUGCGGCCCUGUGGCUUUGUUUCUUGGGUUGCAUUUUGAUCUUUGGGCUGAUUUGAUCUGCUCGUAUUACUGGUCUAAAUUUUUGUUCCAGCCAAGUGAGCACAGAAUUUUCGAGUGA